ACGCAACAAGAUUCAGCACGACGCAACGAGAUGCAACAAGACUCAGAACGACGCAACGAGACGCAACAAGACUCAGAAAGACGCAACGAGACGCAACAAAACUCAGCACGACGCAACGGGACGCAUCAUUAA